AUGGACACCAGUGAGUCGGGUACGUCGGCGGAGAAGCAGCUGCGGCAGGCGAAGAGCAGCGUGGCGGUGCUCAGUAGGCUUGUGGCCGAGGCGGAAAAAGGCGGUUCCGUGCCGUACGAGGAAGUGCAGGAGCAAAUGGAAAGCGUCCGUGUCGUGCUGUUGGCGUUGUCGGAGGGAAGGGUGGGUGCCCAGAGGUCAGUUGGCGCCGUUGCUUCUCCGACGGCGUGGCAGACGCCGAGUAUGCAUGCGCGAGGAACUGGGAGUCAGGCGGUGACUGACUUGCAGCGACGCCUGGCACAGCAGCUGAUCGCGGAGCUAAAUUUGAUUGACGUCUCCCUGCAGCGCUCAAGACGGAAGGCGUUGCAGCGUGAGACGCACAUUUCGGAGGUUGAGCAGCUUCUUGGCGCGAUGCGGACAAUUGGCGGUCACGAUGAGCUUUCCUCCCUUCAGCACUUGGAAGAUGAGCGAAAAUCCCUGCAUCACGCACGCGCACGUGUUCGGGCAAUGCUUGACGAAAGUAACUCGGUUAUGGCGGCGUUACGGGAUCAGGGCGGGCGGCUGGAAGGAACAGGUAGCAAGGUUGCCGAUGUAUUGGAGUCUCUUGGCGUGGCGAAUUCAACUAUUCUGCAGAUUCUGCGGCGCAAUAAACUAGACGCGUGGCUUGUGUACGGAGGUAUAGCCCUGACUAUGCUUCUUCUUUACUUUUUAUGGUGA